AAAAAUCAUAUUUUAUUUCAAUAUAUUCAAUUUCAAACAUUUUUGUUUUAAAUAUUUAAAUUUAAAUUUUCAUACAAUAUAUUGAGUAAGCUAUUUGGAGUUAAAUAAUGACGGGGUAAAAUGGGAGGAUGUUUAACAAUAGAAAGGGAAGAAAUUCGUGCAAGACGUCGGAGCCAGGAAAUUGAUCGUCAGCUUGGAGAAUCGGCAAAACAACAGAGCAAUGUUAUUAAAAUAUUGCUUUUGGGUGCAGGGGAAAGUGGCAAAAGUACUCUGGUUAAACAAAUGAAAAUAAUUCACACGGAUGGAUUUACUAAAGCUGAAUUAAGCAGUUUCAGGCCAACGGUGUUGGAUAAUUUAUUGGCAUCAAUGAAGUAUGUUCUGGCUGGAAUGGGAUUAUUGCGAAUAAAUCUUGAAUACGCUAGAAAUAAAAUUCACGCACAAACUGUUUUAUCAAGCACCAGUUGUUUUGAUUUAAGUUUUUGUGUUUUACCAGAAGUAGCUGCUGCGUUGCAAGCUUUAUGGUCUGAUCGUGGUGUUCGAUUGGCUGUAGCCAGAGGCUACGAAUAUGAGUUGAAUGAUUCUGCUUUAUAUUUAUUUGAAAAUAUGGAUCGUAUCUGUGAUGCUAAAUAUGUCCCAAACCCGACGGAUGUUCUUCGAGCUAGAGUUCGAACACAAGGUAUAAUGGAAACUAGAUUCCGUGUUGCGGAUGGAACUGUGAUAAGUAUGUACGAUGUUGGUGGCCAACGAUCUCAAAGACGAAAAUGGAUUUAUUGUUUUGAUGAUGUUCGUGCCGUACUUUUCGUCGUUGCUUUGAGUGGUUACGAUAUGACCUUGGUGGAAGAUCCAAACGUGAAUCGUUUAGAAGAAAGUUUAAAUUUAUUUCAACAGAUUGUGAAUAACCCAUUUUUUCGAGAUGCAUCAUUUGUUUUAUUUCUAAAUAAAUUGGAUUUAUUUCGAGAGAAAAUUUUACAUUCAGAUCGACAUUUAAGAGUGUACUUUCCAGAUUAUGCAGGACCUGACAAAGACGUUGAUCGUGCAGCUCUUUUUAUCCAACACAAGUUUUCAUUACGCAAUAAUAACUCAAGAAGAGUUUUAUAUCCACAUUUUACAACAGCAACGGAUACAGCAAAUGUUCAAGCAGUUUUUCAAUUAGUUAUGGAUAUGGUAAUAUCUGAUAAUUUAGGGCAAGUAACGUUACUUUAAUGAAUCAUUAUAGCAAGUCUAUUCACUGAAGAAAUAAUUUCAAAUGAAUAUUUUAAGUACGAUACUUUUUUAAAGACACUGUACUUUGUAACUGCAGUGGCAUCUUAAUAUUGUUGUAGUUUGACUCUACUAUUUUGAAACUAAUCCUUCGUUUGGAGGCAGGAAUGCCUUUAAAGUAUUCUAUUGAUGCUCGAGGUGAUUACAAAAUAGCGAAAACUUUCUUUAACGAGACUUUCGUCACAACACUUGUGUUUCAACAUUUCGUACUCCAUUCUGUAACUACUAUUCGAUUGUAGUUCAACGAACAAUGUUCGAAAAGAAGCUUACUCCUUUCUCAACAUAAUUCAAAAUUCAAGUAAUGAUGCUUUAUUUUCAAAAAUCACUUGAAGUUAUUAUUUUAUUUACCUUUUGCUUUUAAAAUUAAAAAUUAUCGUAGGUCUAGUCGUUACG